UACAGGGGUCAUAGAGAAGAAUCAUGUAGGCCAAUUGAUGUCCUCGAGCUGACUGAACUUCGGGCACGCAAUCGCACAUUUAACGGUGCUUACCGCCGUACCGCCAUUGCUGCCCUUGGGUACGCACUAACGACCCUCCGACUGUUUGAUUCGCGUUUUCUUCGAAUUGGUAUUCUCUAUCUCGUUCUCUCCAUUCUCCUUUUCACUCUCGGGUUCAUUCGCGAUCGAAAUUCACGACAUGACUUUUCCGACGGAUCAAAAACUAGCGCUCUUUAUGAUCAGGCGCUCCCUACUCUCGGGCAGGAAGACAGACGAGAAUAUGGUCGCCCAUUCAUAACUGCUGGACGUGAUGUUGUUGCUGUUGGUGCACUCGUGAUGAUAGUGGAAAUCCUGUUGCUUGUGUUUGUACUUCAAGUGUAA